UUUUAAAUACCACGCUUUGACAUUGAAAUGUUUCCGUGAAACAAUAAAGCAAAUGAUCAUAGGUAUUCCCAUAUCUGUUUCUAAUAAUGGAGUGAAGAAACUUUAAUGCUAAUCCUCUAAUAAUAAUUGGUACCAUUUUGCAGUAGCCGUAAUUAGAAAGGGAAAUCCUCGAAGGUGACCGCGAUUGAAAUAAUCGUUCGAAUAAAUUAAAACUACAGAAACAUUUCUUAUUCAGAAUUCAAGGCGAUGAGGAUCGAUUCCAUUUAUAAGCGAGGUACACUUUGAUAGAAUUGACGAUGCAAUACGUAUUUCCCCUGCACCGAUUUUGCAAUUUUUCUUUCCUCCGUUUGUCACACGAAUGAUAACAAUUUCCGGUAUGAAAAUCCCGAGGAUGUGAUUAAAAAGAUCAUGCUGAAAGAUUAAUAUUCUUAGUGCAGCACGGAUUAAAGGAUAGACAUGAUCUCCACGAGUUGGAUAUUCUUCUUGGUUGUGACCAUCAGCUCUAAUAGUGUUCAGCAGCCGAUAUUCUUCAAAAAUCCUUUCAAAGGACUGAAUGGUAUUGUUCCGAGGAUUAACGCGUACAACAGAAACGAGAUUAGAGCUGUUUAUUACUAUGACCAGACUGUGGCGGUGGUCGAUCUCGGAACAAACAACGAACUACAUAAUUGCAACCUGAUCGAAGUAUAUGAGCAAGAAGAGGCUAAUGAAGUUUUAAGAAAUCUGACGUCAACUGCAGUCCCGCAGCUGGUAUCCUUCGAGCAAAUGACGAAGCUCAUGCAACAGUGCGAGUUAUUGGACAAAGUCCAGCACGAUACGUUAUCCACUGGAAUGUCCAACACUGAGAACAAAGGUAGUCAUGGUGUGGGUAGCGUGUUGUCUCUUCUCUCAGGCAUCUUGCCAGGUACAAAAUGGUGCGGCACUGGAGACAUCGCUGAGAACUACCACGAUUUAGGUCAUGAAGCUCAAAUUGAUAGAUGUUGUCGCAGUCAUGAUCUUUGUCCUGUAAAAAUCCGAGCUCAACAAACGCGAUACAAUCUCACCAAUUAUUCUAUAUAUACCAAAUCGCACUGUGUGUGUGACGAGGCGCUGUACCAUUGUUUGAAAGCUACGACGAAUCCGACAGCGCAAGUAAUGGGUCGUAUAUACUUCAAUGUAAUAAAAGUACCUUGCAUUGAGGAUGUAUCAGAGGAUACUCUGGACAAACAUACUUCCAUAAGAAUAGGACGACGAUUUAUUCCUGUUCAAAUGAAUUAUUAAAACGAAUAGAACAUUGCAAAGUGAUACCAACAAUUUUCAUAUUUUUAUACCGUCGCUAACAUAAAGUGUGAAAUUGGGAAGGGAGAUUUACUGUUGUAUAAAUAUUAUACACAUGUAAAUAUAAUAAUUAUAAAGCUUACACGAUUCCUGCUCGAUUAGUUGAAUCAGUACCUAUUGAUACUGCUGAGUUGUAGAUAAAAUUGCUUGUUUCAAGAAUGACAAUCGAGGAAUGAUGUUUUCUGUCAUUCUCUUAAUGUCAAAAGAAUUGUGAUUAUAAAGAUUACCUGUAAAAAGUAUUUAUUUUUGUCUGUAUUUACAAAAUUAUUAUCUUUAUAAUGUAACAAUAAAGUAUUUCUCAUUACCUAUUAA